UCCUAACUUUUCUAUUCACAUUUCAACUAUAUAAUGACUCCUCAACAUUUUUUUUGUAGUUCAUGAAUAAACCACACAUCUUUCAAAGUUACUCAUCUUAUGUCCUUUUAGAGUCAAUCUUUUUUGCUAUAGUAGAAGAUGAGAAAUUGGAACUUUCUUUGGUUUCUUUACUUUGCUUUCAUUUUGAGAAUUGAAGCCACAAAAUUUUAUAGUACUGAUCAACACACUGAAAGAAUUUCAGGAAGUGCUGGUGAUGUGCUGGAGGAUGACCCUAUAGGAAGGUUAAAAGUUUUUGUAUAUGAGCUUCCCAGCAAAUAUAACAAAAAAACCGUGCAGAGAGACACGCGAUGCCUCAAUCACAUGUUUGCUGCCGAGAUAUAUAUGCAUCAUUUUCUGUUAUCCAGCCUUGUUCGAACCCUUAAUCCAGAGGAGGCGGAUUGGUUUUACACUCCAGUUUACACAACUUGUGAGUACUUGACACCACAUGGUCAUCCUUUACCUUUCAAUUCACCGCGUAUGAUGAGAAGCGCGAUUCAUCUUAUUGCUUCUAGCUGGCCAUACUGGAACCGGACACAAGGCGCUGAUCACUUCUUCAUUGUACCACAUGAUUUUGGUGCAUGUUUCCACUUUCAAGAAGAGAAAGCUAUUAAAAGAGGAAUUCUUCCGUUGCUCGAGCGUGCUACCUUGGUUCAAACUUUUGGCCAACGGAAUCAUGUUUGUUUGAAGGAUGGCUCAAUAACUAUUCCUCCAUAUGCUCCUCCACAGAAAAUGCAAUCCCACUUGAUCCCUCCUGAUACUCCAAGAUCCAUCUUUGUUUAUUUCCGAGGCUUGUUUUAUGACAAUAGAAAUGAUCCUGAAGGCGGGUACUAUGCAAGAGGCGCUCGAGCAGCAGUUUGGGAGAACUUUAAGGACAAUCCUCUCUUUGAUAUUUCGACCGAUCAUCCAACUACAUACUACGAAGACAUGCAGCGAGCUAUCUUUUGUUUGUGCCCUCUUGGAUGGGCUCCAUGGAGUCCGAGAUUGGUUGAAGCUGUUGUAUUCGGAUGCAUCCCCGUAAUAAUAGCAGAUGACAUUGUCUUGCCAUUUGCUGAUGCGAUUCCAUGGGAAGAUAUUGGAUUGUUCGUAGCGGAGAAGGAUGUUCCGUAUUUGGAUAACAUUCUGACUUCGGUUCCACCACAAGAAAUAUUGAGGAAGCAGAGAUUACUUGCAAAUCCUUCAAUGAAACAGGCAAUGUUAUUUCUACAACCUGCUCAACAAGGUGAUGCUUUCCACCAAAUCUUGAAUGGACUUGCUCGUAAAUUACCCCAUCGUUACAAGACCUUACACGGAGACAACAAUGUCCUAAACUGGACUGCUGGUCCAGUUAGUGAUCUAAAACCUUGGUAGGAUCGAGCUGCACCUCAAGAUUUACUCAUUUUUCCCCUUGAUUUGUUGACUUCCUUUUUUGCUUAUAAUGUUUAUUUAUUUAUUCUAUGUAAAUUUAUACAAUGAAGAUAUAGUUUUGGGCAUUAAAUGAUGUUAUGACAUACAUGAUAAUUUGAAAAACAAUGGCACAGAAAUGUGAAAAAGAGAUUUGAGGCAA